UCAAAGGAGAGCUCUACGCAUGCGCUGCUUCGGGGAAGAGGCCAACAAAACGCAGGAAAAAAAAAAGGACAGUCGGCCUGGGGAUCCUGGAGUGACGUCACGGCGUUCUGACUCUCCGCGGGGCGCGAGCCGAGUCUGCUUUUGCAAAGCGGAGCGCGGAGGUUGCAAAGCCGGGCAGGGGUAGAAGAAUCGCAGCCCGAUUUCCGCUAUGCCUGGAUUGAUGUUGUUUGGCCGGCGUUGGGUUAUAGGCAGUGAUGACUUUGUCUUUCCUGGAGCCUUUGAAUUGUUCAUCAGAGUGACCUGGUGGAUCGGAAUUUUGGUUUUGUAUUCCAUACACAAAGGACAGUUUAACUGUACUGGAGGAGGUCUGCUGAAUAACUACCUGCUCAUCCUCCUCAUCCUCUUGGCACUCAUCAUAGCUGCCUUGUCAUCUAUUACAUAUACCAGCAUGCAAGGAACCAUUUCCAACCCCGGACCACGAAAAUCCCUCCCAAAACUUCUAUACAUCCGUCUAGCUCUCUACAUCCCGGAGCUGAUCUGGGCUGUGGUUGGAACGGUGUGGAUAGCCGACAAGCGAGUAAACUGCGAAAGAGCUAUGAUCGAUGCCAUUUUUGGAACCGUUAUUGUCAGCUGGGCGAUCAUAAUCUUCACGUUGGUAGCUGUUUUCAUUUUCUUUGACCCUCUCGGGAGGAAGACAGUCUACCUGGCUGACUGCGCCAGUCGCAAUCUGGAAAGCAGCCAGUCGGAGCAGCUGUUCUUCAACAUCAAGAAGAGGGCCACACGAGUCUGGGAAAAGAGGAUCCGUCUGUUGUGUUGCUGCAUCAUGCAAAACGACGAUCACCGCGUGGCUUUUACGAGCAUCGCCGAACUUUUCCGUUCCUACUUCUCGGACACCGACUUAGUGCCGAGCGACAUAGCGGCUGGCCUGACUCUGCUCCACCAGCAACAAGAUAAGGUUGAAAAUUCAAAAGACCCCGACGAAGUUUUAAUUCAGCCCCCAUCGCCUCCAGAGGGAAACGAUUUGGAGGCUGAAUUAGAAAACGCGGCUCAUUAUAUGAAGUUUGCAGCGGCUGCGUACGGCUGGCCCUAUUAUGUCCUGCUGAAUCCUUUCACGGGUCUCUGCAAGCUCAGAGGCUUCUGUUGCAGAAACAACUCGGCGCAGACGGAAAUCAUCGGGAGCGAUUACCUUAACAUGCAUUUUGGCUCCAUCCUGCAAAUGACCGGUUUGCAGAACAGGGAUUUCAUUCACAUCAGCUUUCACAAUAAAAUUUUUGAGAUCCCUUUCUUCGUGGCCUUGGAUCACCAAAAAGAAGCCAUCGUGGUAGCUGUGAGAGGAACUUUAUCAUGUGAGGAUGUCCUAACGGACCUUUCAGCCGAUUGUGAAAGCUUAACUCUUGAAGAUGUCCUAGAAAAUGGCCUGGUGCAUAAGGGGAUAACCCAGGCUGCCAAUAAUAUUUAUAGAAGGCUGAUCAACGAUGGGAUUUUGAACCAGGCGCUCACCAUCGCACCCGAGUAUAAACUGGUCGUCGCUGGCCACAGCUUAGGAGGAGGCAUUGCCUCCAUCCUGGCUAUCAUGCUCAGAAACUCCUUUCCCAACAUGAGAUGUUACGCUUUUUCUCCGCCUGGUGGCUUACUGAGCAAAUCCCUUGCGGACUACACAAAGCAGUUUAUUGUGUCAGUCGUUGUGGGAAAGGACAUUGUUCCCAGGUUAAGCAUGCUCAAUUUGGAAGACCUGAAAAGGAGGAUCAUUCGAAUCGUUGCCAACUGUAACAAACCCAAGUACCAGAUUCUCUUACACGGAUGCUGGUACGAGGUUUUUGGAGGGAAACCUGAUAACCUCCCAACAGAACUGGAUGGCAGGAACCAAGAUGCGUUGACCCAACCUCUCCUCGCCGAAGAGAGCCUGAUGGCCCAGCAGUCGCCGAUGUACACUAGCUUGGACGACGGUUCCCCAUUAGGGUCCAGUCCUCAGUACCCCCACUUGUUUCUCCCUGGGAAAGUCAUCCACAUCGUUGAAGAAAACAGCACAAAAGGUUGGUUCUCUUCUGAAGUCAAGUAUUCAGCCAGCUGGUCGCGAGAAACUGCCUUUGGUAGUAUUUUAAUCAGCCCCAAGAUGCUCACCGAUCAUUGGCCAGAUAUAGUCCUCCGAGCUCUCCACAGCUUGGUCCAAACGGAUACAUCAUGCGUUUCGUGUCGAUCCCAAGGCGAAGCUUUCUGAAUGUUGUAUCCUGGCAGAGAUGGACAAGCGCAACCUGACUGUGUCCCAGGUGUUCACAAGGACAGCCUUUAGCAGUUCAGCUGCGUUGGGUCUAAAAGCAGAAACCAGAGGAAGAUCUUCAGAUGUUUGUGGAGGUCCGACCACCUUAAGGAUUUCGGGUAACGUCGUCUGGACUGCUAGUAAUGGACCGAGUAUGAUUUGUGUUGAAAGGUAUGAUUUCACAGAAGUUUUAAUAGGUCACACCUGCCCAGGGACUGUGGUGAUGGAGAAGAAUCCAACGGAUGGAAAGCGAUGGUUGAUGUGCUCCUGAAGAUCCUUUAGAUACAUCUACAUGUUUUUUCUAAGCACAUUUCGUGUCGUCAAACCAAUUCCUUGUGGCAUGGUGACCCCUGACGGCAGGGAUUACGAGGGACUUGUAAAUGUGUAAGUAAAUCAGGAAUGUUGGGUGAAAAUUAACUUCCAAGACUUUGCCUAUUUUGGAUACGGACUUGAUGAUGAUUACGUUUCUGCUGAUGAUCAAAAAUCUCUUGGUUUUCUUUUGUCUUGAAAGAAACGAGCGUUUUAGAUGCUUUCCACUUGACGGAACUCUUUAUUCUUGGGUAUCUGUGCAAUAACGUCUGCUUUUGUUUACAGUUCUUUUUAACACUGCUGAAUGUGCAAUUAAUGAUAGACAAUUUAAAAAGC